AUCUGAAAUGUUCACAUCACUUCUCCCGCUAACAAUGGGAUCCUGUUACGAAGUUCGAACUCUCGCGCAAAUUAUCCUGCACAGAUUAGCGUUGGAGUGUGAACUAAAUAGUAUUCACAUUCCAGUAGCCGAAAGCCUGAUAAGCUCAGUGGAGACUUUAUUGGGAAAAAAGCUGUACGAGCUUCAAAGCGAACCUCGGCUCAUACUUGCAGAAAUAUGUAUGUUAUCUAUAUGGAAUAACAUUUCAGAUUAUAUUCUGUAUAUGACAAAUGCACCCUUUGAUGAACUUUACAGACUUUAUGAACCUAUUCCUCAUUUUGUAUGGAAUAAAAUUAGAAAUGCUCGCCAGACUUUUAGAUCCAGAAAAUUGGUGUCAUCCUCCCAGUUAGCAACGUCUCAUAACCUUUACAAAGAAGUUUCUUUUGAAAAUAGUAGCUCGAAACUGUCCUAUGAUCCUAUGGGAAUUACAAUAGUGGUGGCUUCCCUGCUUGAUAAGGAAACUAAUUUUGCAAGAUUGAUGCUAACCUGCCAAAGAUUUGGAGUGGAUACUCUUGUUUUAGACGAAGAAUCACAUUUGGAAGAGUAUGCUUCUGGCAAUAUUCGCAUCAGUAUGGUAAAGUCCAUAUCUCUUGUCGAAUAUCUUUUGAACAAGAGGUUUGAGGGCUACGAAAUCUAUGCUUGUAUGGAAACAAAGGAUAUCUCUAGAUUUGCCCACUAUAAUUUCAUAAAAAGGGGUAUUCUGGUUUUGGGGCACAAGAAAAAUGGAAUACCAGCUAACGUGGAUGAAAUCCUAGACAAUCCUGUGAAAAUGUCAAAAAAUUACGUAUUUAAGACGCUUGUUGAUGAAUUUAUGGAUUAACCCGAUAUACUAACCCAUUCCAAGGAUUUGAGAACCAAAAACCUUAAG